CACACACGGGCCAGUCUUCGAUACGAGCUCAAAGCGCCAAGUCGACGGGUUUUUAGAAGCAGCGCAACGCGAGUCGCGAAACAAACGCAAAGAAUCGAAUUCGAAGUCGAAAAACACGAGAAGUCUGUGCGAAACUGUGCGUGAAAUUGUUUUUUAUUGAUGCGAUUUAAAUUUUUUGAGAAGCGCUAAACGGAGCGAGACCAAAAACAAAUAUCAAGGAAUCAAGCUUGAGCUUCAUUUGCUGCACGCGAACCGAAUCAAGGAGAUGCCAAAAUGGAGCCAAUGACCAUGUUGGUAUUGGCCUUUCAGCUGCUGGCGCUCUUCUCGAUCGCCGGCGCGCUGCUCAUCUAUCUGAUAUGCAAGGUGCGUGAGGAGAGCCAGGCGGGCAAUGGAGAGGUGCCGCCCAGCCGUGUGGUGCUGGUGACGAGCGCCGACACGGCGCUGGGCCUGCAGCUGUGCACAUAUCUGGCGAACAAGGGCUGUCGCGUCUUUGCCGGCAUGAAGGAGGCACGCGAUUCGCUGCCCGCCAAACUGCUCUGCGGCUGGAUGAAGAUACGUGAAUAUAGCGAGGAGCCGAUCAGCGGAACCAUCAUACCGAUGCGCCUGGACGUGACACGUGAGGAUGUGCUGCGCGAAGCGACCAUCGCCAUGGGCGCCCAUCUCAACGCCAAUGAACGCGGCAUUGCCGCUGUCAUCAAUACCAGCGGCAGUGUGUAUCGCGGCCGUGUCGAGUCCCAGGAUGUGCAGCAAUGGGAGCACAUGCUCAAGACCAACAUAUUGGGCACGCUGCGUGUGGCCAAGGCUUUUGUCGGUUUUCUGCGUCCGACACGCGGACGUCUACUCUAUUUGGGCGGCAGCAGUGCCGGCGCCAGCAUGGGCGGCGAUGGCCUGGUGGCAUUCAAUGCCUCGCGCGUCGCUGUGGAGAAGUGUGCCGAGGAGCUGCGCAAGGAACUGCAGCCAUAUGGUGUCAGCAUUGUGGCGCUGGACACAUGCGGCAUGACCGUCGAGUCGCUGUACAAGGCGCCCGUUGCGCAGACCAUGUCACAGUGCCCGGGCGCACCCACCCAGUAUACGGCGGAUGUGCUGAGCGCCAGUGCGCUGCAGGUCAUCGAGCGGGCCCUGUGGGACUUUGUGCCGCAGCAGCGCUACACGUUGCUCUCCCACAACAAGUAUCAAUUCACGUUGCCAUGCCGCUCUUCGCUGCGCCUACAUCGAGCCAGCAGCGAGUCCGCCACGCAGUCCGUCUAGACCAGAAACAGAGAGAGAGAGAGAGAAAGAGAGAGAGAGAGGGAGAAACAGGGUGAGAGAGAGGAAGUGAGAGAUCUGGUGGAGCAGGCAUAUCAACGGCUGGCCGCACUGGGAUCACACCUAAUACUUACAAUACCUUUUCUGUACAUACGUAUG